AUGGCGCCCCGCAAGAGUACCGAACAUCUUGUCGACGAAAAUGUUCCGACACCUGCUGCUGUUGGAGACCAAUCGACCAUGAGGAGGUCUGGAUCCGAGUCUGAUUUCAGCGUUGCUGGCGAUGCCAACUCCCGUCAAUAUCGCGUCCGAAAGUCUAGCCUCAUUGGAAUGAUCGACUGGACCCAUGUGAUUGGUACCCAAGCCCCUUAUCUCUUGUUCUUUGGGGUAGUUGUUCUCCUUGCUCAGAUUUUGCACCAAGUUCUCAUGGACCUUGGUGCCACCACACAACAACUCUCUUGGGAAACCGUCUCGGCUGUGGCUCUUGCUCUCAAGGAACUGUUCAUCAAACUAUACGCCAGUCUCUUCCAGAAUCAUCAUUUCUUUCAACUAUUCUCUCCUGCUGUCAAGACCACAGCUCUGGCACUCUUCGUGGGAGCAUGGAUGAUCCGCAUGGAUAGUCCCAUCUACCUGCUCUCCUUUGCCACAUUCAAGGCUCCCGACUCGUGGAAGUUGACACAUGAUGAGGUUGUCGAAGUCAUGCGUCGUCAAAGAUGCUUCACCGACGAAAGUCUAGCCUUUCUUCGCCGCAUUCUGGAGCGCUCUGGAACUGGUCAAGCAACUGCAUGGCCUCCAGGUAUUGUUCAGAGUUUGCAAGACGAUGAGAAUGGUGAUCCAGUCAAAUCGGAUAGUUCCAUGGAAGCCAGUCGUAAGGAAGCUGAAACUGUCAUCUUCGAUGUCGUCGAACAAGCCCUUCGCAAAGCCAACGUCAAGCCCAAGGAAAUUGAUGUCUUGGUCAUCAACUGCUCCCUCUUCUCCCCCACGCCCUCUCUGUGUGCCAUGGUGAUGUCUCACUUCAACAUGCGCCCUGAUGUCGCCACUUACAAUCUGUCGGGUAUGGGAUGCAGUGCCUCUCUCAUUAGCAUUGACUUGGCCAAGCAACUCUUGGGCCGACACAAGUACGGCAAAGCCUUGGUGGUAUCGACCGAAAUCUUGACACCCAACUUUUACCACGGAAAUGAUCGCGGCUUCUUGAUCCAAAACACUCUCUUCCGAUGUGGAGGUGCCGCCAUGGUCUUGUCGAACAACAGGUGGGAUGGUCGUCGUGCAUGGUACAAACUCCUCCACACGGUCCGAGUGCAGGGUGCCGGACAGGAUGCCUACAACUGUGUGUAUGAAACCGAAGACGCAAAUGGCGAGAGGGGUGUCAGGCUAUCCAAGGACAUUGUCAAGGUUGCCGGAAAGACCAUGGAAAAGAACAUGACAACCUUGGGACCACUAGUGUUGCCCAUCACCGAGCAAGCCAAGGUAGUCGUCUCGAUUGCUUCUCGAUACAUUAUCAAGGCAUUGUCCAAGACCCUCACUGCGAACGGUGCCGAAAGCUGGGCAAUGAAACUUCCCCGUGUCAAGCCCUAUGUGCCAGACUUCAAGCGUGGUAUUGAUCACUUCUGUGUUCAUGCUGGAGGUCGCGCUGUCAUUGAUGGAAUCGAAAAGAACAUGAAGUUGGAGAACUACCACAGUGAGGGAUCGAGAAUGGCUCUGUUGAACUAUGGUAACACAAGUUCUUCCUCCAUCUGGUAUGAACUCGAGUACAUCCAGGAUCAGCAAAAGAGCAACCCAAUGAAGAAGGGAGACCGUGUCAUGCAAGUAGCCUUUGGCUCCGGUUUCAAGUGCACUUCGGGAGUGUGGUUGAAGCUAUAA